AUGGCGGGCUCCGUCGCCGCGGCCGCGCGGUCGCUGACGCGCGCGUCCGUCCCGCGUCCAUCCCGCCGCCUCACGACGUCCUCCGCGUCCGCGGAAUCGUCCUCCGACGCCGGCAGAGCGUUCGGGACGACGAAACGGCAGAAGAUCGCGCUCGUCACCGGCAGCACCGACGGGAUCGGGCUCCACACCGCCUCCCUCCUCGCCGCGAGCGGCCACGGCGUCAUCGUCCACGGCCGCUCGAGCGAGCGCGUGGACGCCGCGUGCGAGCGCGUGAACGCGGUCGCCGGCGACAGCGGCGGCGGCGUCGUCGGGAGCUACGUCCGAGACUUCGACUCGCUUCAGGACGCGCGCGAUCUCGCCGCGGAGGUGCUGGAGCGACACGCGUCGUUGGACCUCCUCGACAACAACGCCGGCGUGUUCGAGCCGAAGAGGCACGUCACGGCGGACGGCCACGAGCGGACGUUUCAGGUGAACGUCCUGACGCCGUAUCUGCUCACCGGGCUGCUCUUACCGCGCUUGGUCGAGACGGCGGCGGCGAGCGGAGCGAGCGGCGGCGGCGGCGGCGGCGGCGCGGCGGACGUUCGAAUCCUGAACGUCGCGUCGAUAUCGCAGACGUCGAAGAUAGACUUCGAUAACCUCGAGUGCGAGAAGAGCUUCUCGAAUCACGCGAGCUACUGCCACUCGAAGACGAUGAUGAAGCUGUUCUCGUUCGAGAUGUACGAGCGCGUGGCCGCGGCGGCGGCGAAGGGGGGGGAACCUUCGCCGCUGCGCGACGUCGCCGUCCUCGCGUGCGACCCCGGGACGGUGAACACGAAGAUGCUCCUCGCCGGGUGGGGUCCGUGCGGGAUCGAGACGUUCGAGGCGAACGACCAGUUCGAGCUCUUGACUAGGGAGAGGUUCGGCAACGCGAGCGUCCCGGAGAGCGAACGCGGCGGGUAUUACGUGAACCGAACGCUGAGGGAAACACCGGGCGGGGUCGAGCUCGAGGACCGGAAGCGGCUGUGGGAGAUUUUGGAGCGCGAGACCGGGGUGACGUACCCGCUGUUGUGA